GCUAAAACAGAAGGCAGAGUGAACGGGGCAGCAGCUGAAAACUCCCCCAGCAUCCUCCCCUGCGCCUCGGCUCUGCGCUCUCGCGCCCCAAACUCAGUUUUUAGAGGAUUUCUGUUACCCGAAACGGAUUUGAAGUGAAUCGACGGUGGGCGAUGCUCUUGUCCUGCGGGUGCACGUCGGCGCGGAGCUGCGGCGCUCCUGCAGGUCCGUGAGGAAGAGGAGGAGGAGGAGGAGCGAGCGCGCGCUCGAACAGGAGGGCAGACCGAGCUCGCGCUACUGUCCCACGGCCGUGAUUGAUGCUCCCUGAUUGGAGCCCCUUUUCGAGCUUCAUUCAGGUCGCCGCUGGAAGCCAUUCAUCAUCAGGAUCAACAGUCAAGGUCUGAUCCGAGGGGCUUUGCUGGAAAGAUAAUAGACAGAUAUACGAUGUUUGCGGGACUAUAAUGGGAGUUUAGCACCGUCACGUGACUUCGCGCUAGCUUCUUUUCCUGCAGAAAGUGGGGGGGUUUCUCUGGUGGGCUCUGGACCUGAACAAUGGCUAUUAACACAGAUAGCGGGUUUGAGAAGUCACAGCUGGGGGGAAACGGCAGCGCCCGUCCUGCCGAGGCUCAUGAGACUGAGAAACUCCUGAGUGCUGUGGUCACGGAAUCCCCGGCUGGAGAUGGGGUUACCGUGAGUGUCAGGGCUGAAAAGGUACAGGACGGAGACCAGAAUGGCCACGGGCUCCCGCUGAGGUCCAGCUCUGUGGGGCAGCUCGGCUCAGCCCCCUGCUCGCCGUCCCGGACCAGCCUGAGCCGCGCCUCAUCCACGGGCAACGCCGUCCAAGAGCAGCCCAAGCCCCAGGACUACCUCCUGCUGGUCAUCUUCUCCUGCUUCUGCCCUGUGUGGCCGGUCAGCAUCGUAGCGCUGGUGUACUCAAUCAUGUCAAGAAACAGCUUUCAGCAGGGUGAUAUCGACGGGGCAAAACGCCUGGGUCGCCUGGCUCGUCUCCUUAGCAUCGUCGCCAUCAUCCUGGGCGUGCUCAUGGUUAUAGUCUUCACAGUGGCGUCAGUAACAGGCAAUUGAACGGAAAACACCAAGAUGAAGAGGAACAACCAUCUACAGCAAAAAAAACCCUCCAGCAUAAUUACAAAAAUGACUUCCUCCUUAUAAAAUAAAACCAUGAAAUACAAAAAAAAGAGUCAAUAGGAGUGUAGCAAAAAAUAUGACCUAUUUAAAGAGAAAUGACAUGCAUGCCUUAAGUAAACGUGCUUGAUGAAAAAGUAAAAAAAACAGUUUAGGUUUAAAAUGAAGAGUGACUAUUUGUGAAGUAUACAUGAAACACAAAGUUGUUUCUCUGAGGAGCUGACUGGCGAUGAUGCAGAGGAUGGAAUGAAACUGUACUUCAAGAAUAACUUCAGCAGGAUGCGUAGACUGUGGACUACAAGCUGCAUCAUAACCUUAUAUUACUCCUGGUCUUGCAUUCCAAAAGUAUACAGAUGCACAGAUAUAUUUGCGAUAUAACUCAAUGUAUAUUUUAUAUAAAGAUUUGUACACCGAGCUAAAAUAAGGCCACAGAAAUGAACAUUGGGUGAAUGGGUUGCUGGACAGUCACCUUGCUGGAGGACUGUCCUCACAGACUUUGUCAAAAGGGAAAGGAAUCUAUUUGCAAUGGGAGGAGUAUUUUGUUGAAGCUGUUGAUUUUUUUUGUAGCUUUUGAUUACAAAAACGACCACCUGCAUGUGAAUAGCCUGACGUCAUCACCUCCCAGUAUAGCCACUGUAGCAUUUUUGUUCUAGAUGAAUAGUGGACGCCAUUGGUAUCUAGAGUGGAAUGUGUGUUUGUGGUGGGGUCUGCCAGAAUAUGAGUCGACUGUUCUCCUUGCCUUGAGAACAGCCUGAGUGUAGUAAAACGCAUGUUAGCCCCUCCUUACUGUGCUAACUACUGAAGCAUGGACAUACGUCUAGAGGCAUGAUGAGGCCAGCACCAUCGUAUGCUCUGUGCUGAGGCCCUCCGAUCAGUACACUACCUAAAACCAGAGCUAGUCACUGACCCCUGAUCGCCACUAGCGCAGAAUGCAAAUCAGUUCUUUUUCGGACUCCUGAUUGUAUAUGUAUGCUAUAUAUCCGUAUAUUUACAGAACUAUUUAAGCAUGCGGUAGGCAGACAGUAACACCUGUUUUCUAUAGUCACUCAAAACCACCACAUUAGAAGUAAUGACGAUGCAUUGAGCACACUUGACAGUAUUUACUGCAUCGCUGGCACUAAAAUACAAAUACACCUGUAAUGCCAAACGUUGGAGUCAACGCUAAAAACAAAAAGGUGUAGAUUGGCUCUAAAAUAUUCCUAGUUAGCCUGGUCAGCUAUAAACUCUUCCCCGAGUGGUGGAGCUAGCCAGUGACUUUGGAUAUUUCUAAUGUAUUUUACUGCCCCAUUCACUGAUUUCACAGCACUUUAUUAAACUCUUAUGCUUAGUUGAUAGUUGAUAUCAGAUGAAGCAUCAACUCCACAAUUUGUUCAGCUGCCAAUGAAAUUUUACAAAAUGCUUUGUUUUUUUGUAACCUGGUUUGUACUUGAUAUAUAUUGCCUUGGUUUGCAUUGUGACAUGUUGGCAUAGGUUGAGACUGUUAGCACCUGCAAAAACACCCAGGCAUAUAAUCCCUUUUUUCACUCCUGUUUUUCCUUCUUCUCCCUGUCUGUCUGAAUGUGAAUGAAUGUGAGAUACACUAAUGUGUAAAACUAAUGGAAACACACAGCUCUCUUCCUUACAUCUCAUUUCAAUAUUUCUGAUUGUUACAUCAGGUACUCACUGUACAUUAGUGUACAGUGCCAAUAUUAAUAAGAUGCAAAAGUGCUGCUUUGUGUCUGUAAAACUGUGAUUUUCUUUAAAUUGCUUUUUGGGUAACUUGAUUCACUUCGAAUAUAUUUUUUCCACAGGUUUGUGUACUUCUGCAUGUGUGGAAUAAAUGAUAACAUGCAUGGUCCACAA